AUGGCGAAAUCCUUUAAAAGUACGCGAAAUUUAACUGGUGGCGAUUACAAGCAAAAGUUAUAUUUCGUGCCCGAUGCUGAUAACGAACCGAAAGUGGGUCACGAAAUCUCGGAACCUGCCAUUUUUCGUUUUUUACUCAACGAAGAGACAAUGGGAAAAUUCGAUGAAGCUGAUGAAGUUGAAAUCGUCAAAAUGUUGGAGAUUUUGAAAGACAUCGACAAACAUUCGAAAAUCACUCAAGUUGAAGCCUACCGAAGCAGCAUGAUGAAAGCGACAGAUACGGUCAAAGCUUAUCACGUUUUCAUCGUUUUCAAUUCAAUAAGUGAAACAGCAGACGAUGGAGUCUAUUGUUAUUGGUGGUCGUUGGAAAAGAGCACGGACUACAUCACUUUACAACGAUCCCGCAACAAAGAAAACGUCAAGGACAAGUUUAAAGGCAAACAUCGGACAAGACUGAUUGCAGAAAAAUAUCACAUCAAGAAAUCCAACUGCCAGUCCUUGGUCUCUUUCGUCGGCCAGCAAAUUACCGAAAUAGGAUACAAAUACAAGGGUAAUUUCAAAUACUUUCCUCCUCCUGAAAAAGGCCUGGACAAAAAAAUGUUGGAUUUAAUCAACGUCAUAACAGGUUAUUCUGAUUGGUCCCCUUUAUUCCAGCUCAUUAAAAUGGGAAGUACCGAUCUUGUUGAUAAAACAGUAGCGAGUGGCAUGUACGACAUCAACGCCUUGUACAAUGGACUUACUCCGCUUCACUUAGCCAUUAAGUUGAGGAAAACCAAAAUGGUUCAACUUCUUCUCAAACCCCCAAUGAAUGCCGAUCCCACAAAACGCGACGCAUCCGGGAAGAGCGCCCUUCUAUUGGCUGCAAGCAUUUUCAGAAUGAAAGAAGAGAUUAUCGAUUUGCUGCUGGAACAUGACAAAGUCAACGUUGACGAUGUAAACGAAAACGGAGAAACUGCUCUCCAUUUGUCCGCUAUGAAUUCCAACGUCAACAUUUUUCAAAAAUUAUUAGAAAGAGGAGCCAAUCCCAACAUUUUCGACAAAUGGGGUCAGUCUCCUCUUCAUGUGGCACUCCUAGAACGAAACUGUAACGAGAUCAUUGAUCUACUCUUAGCUCACGGCAAAUUCAACGUUGACGAUGUAGACGGAAAAGGACAAACUGCUCUCCAUUUGUCCGUUCGUGACGUCAACAUUUUUCGAAAAUUAUUAGAAAAUGGAGCCAAUCCCAAUAUUUACGACAAAUGGGGUCGGUCUCCUCUUCAUUUGGCAGCAAGAAAAAUGAACGGCAACGAGAUCAUGGAUUUGCUACUAGCACAUAGCAAAGUCAAGGUGGACGAUGUAGACGGGAAAGGACAAACUGCGCUUCAUAUUGCCGCUUACGAGCCCAACGUCAAUGUUGUCGAAUACUUGAUAAACAAAGGAGCCAAUCUCAAUGCUGUAGACAAACGGGGUUGGUCUCCUCUUCACGUGGCAGCAAAAGAAAGAGACGGUAUCCCUAUAAUAGAUCUACUGCUGGAAGCUAAAAAAGUCAAAGGCAUAGGCGAUGUCAACGAUCAAAAUAAACAAGGAAGGACCGCACUUCAUUACGCUGCCGCCUAUUCCAAUGAAAUCACGGCCGAGCAUUUAAUCAAAAAGGGCGCAAAUGUCAAUCGUCGAAACAAUAAUGGCGAUACUCCACUUCACUAUGCUGCACUUGGUGCAGAGGACAUGAAAAUCAUCGACUUGUUAUUGCAGAACAUUAACGAAGGAGAUAUUCAACAGUAUAGAAACGAUAAAAGACUUUUCUUUUUCGCCAGGCAUAACUUGCACGGACUAGGCAAUAAAAUUCUUGAUCGGUUGGUGGAAAAGGGCAUAAAACCUCCAAAUAACGAAACGGACGAGUGGACUGAAGGAUCCGACAAGGCAACAGGCAUCAAUGCUCGCCGUUUCGAAGAGGAAGGCGUCGAUCCUUUAAUUGACUUGACGGGAUUUGAUGGCCUUGAUUUCUUAAUAGAGCGAGUCAAGAAAUCACAGGAAAUCGAUGAAAUUCUGAAAGAAGAAGAAUUCGAUAUCAACGGCCGCAAUCAAGAUGGUGAAACUCUUCUUUUAAUUGCAAUACUCGGAAACAACGUGAAUGCUGUUAGACUUUUGCUGGAAAAGGGAGCCGAUUCAACCAUACGAGACGAACGUGGCUACACUCCAUUUCAUGUGGCAGUGAUCAACUAUACAGAUCCCGAUAUUCUCAAUUUAUUUCUGGAAAGUGGAAAAGUUGACAUCAAUGAAACAACACCUAAAUUUGGAAGGAAUGCCCUCCACAUGGCAGUCACGAAAUCCAACACAGCUGCAGCAGAUUUUCUUUUAUCAAAAGGAGCCAACCCCAAUGUCACUGAUAAAGAUGGAGACACUCCACUUCACGUAGCGGCUGAAUAUGCCAAAGACAUGGACAUUGUCGAACUACUCCUCAAUCAUCCAGACGUCGAUGUCAACUUAUUAAACUUUAACGGACAUAGUGCACUGGAUAGAGCAAAGAACAUUCACCGGCUAGGCGAAAGAAUUGCCAAUCUGUUAAGGGAAAAAGGCGCAGUGGAAAGAGAAAACGGACUGUCCAAAAGAAACAAUGCUUCCUUAAAAAAACUUGUGAAUUAUACUUCCAGCUAUUUUGAAGACAAAAUUGAAAAAGUUUUAAGCGACGCCACAGUACCAAUUGAGGACCAAAUCGCUAGAAUUAAGGAGGAGCAUUUGAUUUCAGCUAUUAAAGAUUCGGACGUAGAACGUGUUCGUUUCCUAUUGAAAAAUGGAGCAGAUAUCAGCAGCGCACGGGGAGAAGAUGGAAAUAAUGCGCUUCAUUUGGCAUCACUUAAAGCAAAGACGACGGAUAUCAUCGACGCCAUUCUGGAAACGGGCAAAUUCGACAUCAACGGAGUCGACAACAAGGGAGACACUUGUCUUCAUUUAGCAAUAAAAUUGAGAAGAAAAUUAUUUGGAAUCAACCCUGACAUAAAGACUCGUCACCUGAUUCGAAAAGGAGCUGAUCCCACUAUUGCCAACAAGGAAGGCGACACCCCAUUUCACUUGGCGGCCUCUCGCGGCAAAGAAAUUGAAACAAUCAAACUAAUCCUGGAAAAUGAACAAGUCGAUAUUAAUAGUCGUGGCAAAUAUGGAAGGACUGCUCUCCAUCAUGCAAUAGAGGCCAGAAACGUGAUCACUGUUCGCUACCUGCUGAAAAAAGGUGCCGAUCCCAACGCUGCUGAUGAAAACGGAGUCACCCCUCUUCACGUGGCAGCGAUAUAUGCAAAAUCGAUGGAUCUCAUUGAUGAGCUACUCCUCAAUACUGAAGUGGUGGACGUGAAUUGUGUCGACAUAAAAGGACGGACUCCACUUACUUAUGCUAGGUACAACAAAGAAGGACUUGGCCAGGACAUUAUCGAUCGUCUGAAGGAAUAUGGUGCAAAGGAAUAG